CUGCUGCUGUGUCGUCACCAUUCCUGAGCUUGUGCCCUGUUGCAGAGACCAACCUACGAAGAGGAAAAAAGAAAAAGAAGAAGGAAAAAAAGGAAGUGAAUGGAUAGCAUGAGGAUGGGAGCAGCCAGGAAUCAAAUCUAAGUUUGGGAAACACAUAACUAAAGAGAUGCAAGUUCUUGUCCUGCUGCCUGCCAAUCACCAGGUAACUAACUGAGGUGAUCAUCUCUCCUUCCCGCUUGAUGUCUCCCCUUCCACAACUCACAACCUUGCUGAGCUGCCGCAAAUUCAUUGCCGCUCACUCACCCCACGCCCAGCCUUCAGAAUACUGCCGUACCGGGAAGAUGGCAUCCAUACGAUUUUUCUGGUCACUUCUUUUUUGGUCACUUCUUUUUCUCUGCUUUUAUUCCUCGGUCGCUGAGGCCGUGAACUUGACGUCGGAGCGGGAAAUGCGCUCCAUCAUGUACUUCACCGGCCAGCACCCAGUUGCGCCCCCCAUAGACCAACUUCGGCAUGUGACCCACGUGGCUGUGGCUUUCAUGAGCCCAGGCAUCUUCAACGAGCCCGGUCGAACGGAGUGGCCGUUGUUCACGUCGGUCGACGAUGUCCGGGCCAAGUUUCCCAAGGGGACCAAGGUCAUGGUCGCCAUCGGCGGCUGGGGAGACACGGCUGGUUUCUCCGCGGCCGCACUGACCGACGAGACGAGGAAGACGUUCGCCGAGAACGUGGCCAACAUGGUCACGACCACGGGCGCGGAUGGCAUCGACGUUGACUGGGAGUAUCCGGGUGGCAACGGCGAAGACUACAAGCAGGUGCCCAACUCGGCGAAAGCCUGGGAGAUCAAUGCCUACCCGCUCCUGCUGGCCGAACUGAGAGCCACCCUCGGCCCGGACAAGAUCAUUUCUGCUGCGGUACCCGGCCUGAAGCGCGACAUGCUGGCCUUCACGCGCGAGACCGUGCCCCGUAUCAUGCGCCACGUCGAUUUCCUGAACGUCAUGACAUAUGACCUCAUGAACCGCCGUGACACGGUCACCAAGCAUCACACCGGCGUCGAGCUCAGUCUUGAGGCUGUCGACGCGUAUGUUGCAGCUGGGGCGGCUCCGCAGAAUCUCAACCUCGGGUUCGCCUUUUACGUCAAGUACUUCAAGACGGCGCAUGAUGCUUGCGCACGCGCGUCCCCCGUGGGCUGUCCCACGCUGCUUCUUGAGGACCCCAAGACGGGGGCGGACUUGGGCCGCAGCGGCAGCUUCUCCUGGCACGACUCGGUCCCCGAACAUGUGGCCGAGUCCUUCUCGAGGGCGCUGGAGCACGGCGUGUACGACGACCAGCAGGGCGGGUAUUACUACUGGGACUCCCUGGAGGACCUCUGGUGGACAUUUGACACGCCCGACGCCAUCAGGCGCAAGUUCCCCUUGAUCCUGGCCAAAAGGCGCUUGGGGGGCGUGUUUGCUUGGGGCUUGGGUGAAGACGCGCCCUUGUUCAAGCAUCUUGCCGCGCUGAACGACGGCCUCGAGGAACUCCUCAAGGCCAGGGACGAGCUAUAGGCCCAGAUCGCAGUGCUUCUACAAGCAUGGAGCAAGUCUAAGCAAAGUGAUGUCAUGUUCUUUCAGUCUGAAUUCUCACGGCAAAUGGCACACUAUAGCAGCCAGGAAUGUGCCUGCGGCCCUCCGUGCUGCUCACAUCGAGGUUCUGUAGCUUCGUCCGAGGCGGAGUGGUCAAUCGGCGGGAGGGGCUGCUUCAAGUAGGUUUCUUCCUUUAGAUUUUCCCCUUGUUUUCAAAACACUUGUCUCCGGAGUUUGACUGAUUGAUU